AUGGUCCACAAGUCACGCCAACAAUUACUCCUUGACAACGAUGUUGCCAUUGGAGUUGCGAGGAUUUUAGUGACUCCUGGGGAUGUGUGCAUGCUGGGAACAAGGGAUGAUAACCGAGUAGUGAGUGAUGCCAUGACAUUGAGCAUGCAAAGUGCGGCAUCUGUCUGGGAACAAGGGAUGACAACCGAGUAG